CAGACCUCUUCUAACAUUGUUAUCCAUUCUCCUCUCAAAAAGCAACACACAAGAGACCAAAGAACAAAGAAACCAUGGAUCAUGGUCACAUGCAUGACAUGCCUCCACCAGCAUCACCAUCCAUGAUUAACAAUGGAUCCAUGAACGGAGGAGGAGGACAUCACAAGAUGAUGAUGAUGCACAUGACUUUCUUUUGGGGCAAGAACACGGAGGUUCUCUUCUCCGGCUGGCCGGGAACAAGCUCCGGCAUGUAUGCUCUUUGUCUCAUCUUUGUCUUCUUCCUCGCCGUCAUCACUGAGUUGCUUGCUCACUCCUCUCUCCUCCGUGGCACCGCCGGAGAUUCCGCCAACCCCACCUCCGGACUCCUCCAAACCGCCGUCUACACUCUCCGUACUGGCCUCGCUUAUCUAGUCAUGCUCGCCGUCAUGUCAUUCAACGCCGGCGUGUUUCUAGCAGCCAUCGCCGGUCAUGCCAUCGGGUUCAUGUUGUUUGGAAGCAGAACUUUCAGAAAGCCCUCCGGCGACCAGAAAAAUAACGAUCCUCCUCCCUCAGGUUGUGCUUGUUAAUAUAAGUACCGAUUCAUACAUACUUAUAUUUUUAAUUAAAGAUCUAGGGGUUGUAGUUUUCUUGAUUGUUCUUGAUGUUCAUGUGUCUGUUCGAGUGUGGAGGAAUAUUUGACAAUUUCUAUUUAUUUUGCUUUACAAUUUUAAUGUUCUUCUGGUUAAUAUAAUUAAUGGCAAAAGCUGAAUAUAUCAAUUUGCG